GUUUUCCAGGCUCCGCUGCCGCCGCUGCCGGGGGAGGGGCGGCGUUUCUUCCCCCCCACGCUGAUCUCGGGGGUGGCCCCCACCUCGCGCUGCCUGCGGGAGCCGGCCGCGGGGCCGCUGCUGCUGCUGCUGGCCGUGCGCGGCCCCGCCGAGGCCGUGGCCGUGGCCCGGACGCUGCCCCUCGGCCCGGCCGCCUCCGUGUGGGCGCAGGACAUCAGCACGGCCCUGGACACCGCGGACGGGCUGCCCCAGGGCCUGGUGUGCCUCAACUCGCUGGAGCUGCCCGAGCCCCUCGGGGGCAGCGCCUGGGGGGCCGCGGACACCGACCUGGAUGAGGACUGCGACUGGGCCUCUGCCGUGAGCGUCCCCCGCGUCUGGGGGGUCCCGGCGGGACUCGUGGGGGCUCCGGGGCAGGACCCCCCCCCCGGCGCCGAGCGGGAGCUGGAGCUGCGCUGCAGCCGCCCCCGCUGCCUUUGGCUGCCGGGGGGCGGCCCCUGA